AUGGCGGUCUCGUGGCAACACAUGACCGUCACUUUACACAGAGGCAGCGUCAGCAAAGGUUACAAGCCGAAAGUGACGGUGAAAGACCUUAGCACGCUGGGCUCGGCCUUCAAAGCAGCUGGGAAGAAGCGAUGGGCGAGGUUGGACAAGGAUACGGAGACAGAGGUGAAGAGCGGCACUCGCUUCGCCUUACCCUGCAAGGUGACCCAAAAGUCCAAAGCUGCCAAGGCGGGAGAGAAGCAACAGUCUCUCCACUCUUGCUUCGCGCUCCAUUUCCUUGAGAAAGCUCCGGAAGGUGGCUGGCCGACUCCUAUCCUAUCCGAUGAGGAAGUCGCCGAGCUGGCGGCUCUCGGUCGAGGCGAGCAGGUCACAUCCCCCGCAGCCGAGGUCGCCGAGGCCGGGGACCAGGAGGAUGCUUCCAAGGAGGCUAAGAAGAGCGAUGGCGCCUCCGAGUCGAAGGGCAAGGAGGCAAAAGCCAAGAAGAAGACGUCGGAAGCACCCGAGGACGAGACGCCUGUGCCGACCGCUGGUCCGAAGGACAAAGCAGGAAGCAAGAAAAAGAAGAAAGAGGAGAGCUCUCCUAGCGAAAAGCCCGAUGAGAAAGCCGAAGCUGCUGAUUCAGACGACGAGGGCCAGGACGAAGAGCAGCCGAAGCUCGCGUCGGAGAGCGACGGUGAGAAGCCUGAUAAGGACGGCGAAGACGAGGAAGAGGCAGCCGUAGAAGUCAAGGCAGAUUCCGAUAGUGAGGAGAAGGAGGAGGCAGAAGCCAAGGCGGAUUCCGAUAGCGAGGAGAAGGAGGAGGAAGAAGCCAAGGCGGACUCCGACAGUGAGGAGAAGGAGGAGGCAGAAGCCAAGGCGGACUCCGAUAGUGAGGAGAAGGAGGAGGCAGAAGCCAAGGCGGAUUCCGAUAGUGAGGAGAAGGAGGAGGCAGAAGCCAAGGCGGAUUCCGACAGCGACGAGAAGGAGGAGGCAGAGGCCAAGGCGGAUUCCGACAGCGAGGAGAAGGAGGAGGCAGAAGCCAAAGCCGAUGACUCUGAUAGCGACGAGAAGGCUGAGGCAGAAGAGGCCAAAGAGGACUCUGACAGCGAGGAGCAGCAGAAGAAGGAGUCUGAAAGCAGCGCGGAAGAGUCUCCAGUUGCACGCAAGAAGUCCGACUCCGAGAGUGAGAAGCAUGCAAGAAAAAAGAGGCGAGCAAACCGCCGAAAGGACUCCUCAGAAGGGUCUUCCUCUGCACAGAAGGCCAGGACGAGAAGAAGAAAGGAGCACCGAAGAAGCGCCAGCAAGCGGCGGCGGAGGAGUGGUCGAAGAUCCCGGCACCGUCGCAGCCGCAGCCGCUCGCGCCGGCGGCGCUCGGAGGGCCGCAGCCGGCGAGACUCGGGCCGGGACAAGAAGGAGAAGGAAGACCGAAAGGACGACCGCAAGGACGACCGAAAGGAAGACCGCAAGGAUGACCGGAAGGACGACCGCAAGGAUGAUCGCAAGGAGCGAGCGCGCCGAAAGGCUACCAGCAGCCCUGAGCCGGCAGCCCGCCGCAAGCAGGCCACGACGCAGAGAGCGUCGCCGAGCUAUCAAAACGAGAAGAAGGCCAAGGUCUCCAAGCCCUCCGAGGACGACGAAGCCGCCAAAGAGGCCGAAAGAGCCAAAGCAGAGGCCAAGCAACAGGAGGAGGAGGCGGCCGCUGCAGAGGCCAAGCAGAAGGAGGAGGCAGCUGCCAAGGCCAACGAAGCGAAAGCAGCCAAGGAAGCAGAAGAAGCUCGUGAAGCCAGUGAAAGGGAGGCGGCGAAGAAGGCGGAAGAAGCCAAGGAAGCCGACGAAGCCAAAGAGGACGAGGAAGCCGAGGAAGCCAAGGAGCCCGAGGAGGCCGAAGAAGCAGAGAAGCCAGCGGAAGAUGCUCAAAAGGUUGCAGAUGUCGGCAGCCCUGAAGAG